GUGCGCACCAGCGGGACGCGCAGUCAGUGAACAGCGGCUCCCCAUCCUGCAACCACAGAGCGGCCACGGACAGGGGUUUCAGUAUUGAAACAACCUGAACAUCAUUCACCCUAUGGACUUUAGGAAAGACACAAACUCACAAAUGUUGCUGUUUUUUGUACUCCCCUUUUCCGUUUGAAGUUACCAGACACUUUUGUUGGGACAUGGCUUCAUCCGCGAGCGGCACAGAGGAGGUGCGGGUGUCGGGGCUGACGCCGCUGAAGUUGGUGGGACUGGUGUGCGUCUUCCUAGCGCUUUGCCUGGAUGUCGGGGCCAUCGUGAGCCCGGCGUGGGUCACGGCGGAGGACCAGUACUACCUGUCCAUGUGGGAGUCCUGCUGGAAGCCCGUCAGCUCCGUGGACUGGUCCUGCAGCAGCACGCUGGCCGCCGACUGGCAGAUCGCCACGCUGGCCCUGCUGCUUGGAGGAGCAGCCCUCACCCUGCUGUCCUUCCUCGUGGCUCUGGUCUCCCUGUGCUUCGGCUCCAGGAGUCGCUGCUACAAACCCGUGGCCGUCAUGCUGUUCUCCGCAGUGGUUCUUCAGGUCUGCAGCUUGGUCUUGUUCCCAAUCAAGUUCAUAGAAACAGUCAGCCUCAGGGUGUACCACGAGUUCAACUGGGGCUACGGCCUGGCCUGGGGAUCCACCAUCUUCUCUUUCGGAGGCGCCAUCCUCUACUGCCUGAACCCCAAGAACUAUGAAGAUUACUAUUGAAAAUGUCACAAGGGAGGAAAAAACCCCACAGUGUUUUCAUGCUGUCGUUUAAUAAACGUUCUCUGUCCCCCAGUGCACAACCACAGUUGGAAAACAGGAAAAAACAAAACGCUUGUUGACGGUGUUUGUACUAACCUCUUCUGUUUGAUGCUGUGAACUCCCUAACCUGGACAGAUGCCCAUGAGUUUUAUUAAUAGCCUAAAUCACAAACCCAAAGCAGAAAUUCAAACCCAGCCAGAAGACAUUUUGAGAGAUAAUGUCACUAAUCAGAUAAUUAUGUGCAGCUCAUGUGGGUCGUAGAUUUGAGCAGAAAAUAUGGAACAGUGGAAUAAUAAAGUAGUCAGGACAGAGAAAAGUCUGCAGUGAUUUCAGGCCAGCGUAGGGAGGACGACGUCCUGCUCAAGUUAUAUCCUGGUGAUGACAAAGUGAGGAAGACAGGGUAACAUUUUACAUUUCCCCAGAGAUGCGCCGAGCUGGACCUUAAACAACCUUUUCUUAAGGGCUAUUUUAACAGAGAAAACAUUCCACAGACACCUACUGAUUAUAUGAUUCUAGUCAGAGAAACAUCUGCUGGGUUAUUAUUAGCACAAAGUGGCAGUGUCAAUUUUCAAAUACAAUAUUGUUUAGAUUUUUUUUUUAAUAUAUCUGUUGUACUAUAUGUAAUAUAAUCAAAAAGUAUGCAAUCCUAGAAGAACGGGAAUUAAAAUGACAAAUUACCAUG